AAAGUCGAAUCGUAUUCACCGCCUUUCUUCCCUGUACUUAUCACACUUCACUCUGUUCCUUCUCAAAACUCUUAAACCCUAUUUUCUCUCUCCUCUUCUCCCCCAUCUCAAAUGAAAUAGACAAAGAGGGUUUAUCAAUUUCUUCGUCUUCCUCAGCUCCACUUUCUCACUCCUCCCUUCUGAAACCCUAGGGUUUCCUCCAUUCCCAUUAAACCAUGUAUCUCUACAGCAUAACCCUACAAAAACCCACCGGCAUUGUUUGCGCCAUUAAUGGAAACUUCUCCGGCGGUAAGGUCCAAGAAAUCGUCGUCGCAAGAGGCAAAGUUCUCGAUCUCCUCCGCCCCGACGACAGCGGUAAGAUCCAAACCCUGCUUUCUGUUGAUGUUUUCGGUGCAAUUCGUUCACUAGCUCAAUUUAGACUCACUGGUUCGCAUAAAGAUUAUAUUGUUGUUGGGUCCGAUUCGGGUAGGAUUGUAAUACUAGAAUACAAUAAGGAGAAAAAUGUGUUUGAUAAAGUUCACCAGGAGACGUUUGGGAAGUCGGGUUGUCGCCGUAUUGUUCCGGGGCAGUACUUGGCAAUUGACCCGAAAGGGAGGGCUGUUAUGAUUGGGGCUUGUGAGAAGCAGAAGCUUGUUUAUGUAUUAAACAGGGAUACUGCUGCUAGGUUGACGAUUUCGUCACCUUUAGAAGCUCAUAAGUCGCAUACUAUAACGUAUUCCAUUUGUGGGGUUGAUUGUGGUUUUGAUAACCCUAUAUUUGCGGCAAUUGAGAUGGAUUAUUCUGAGGCUGAUCAGGACUCUACUGGCCAAGCUGCGGCUGAGGCUCAGAAACACCUUACUUUUUAUGAGCUUGAUUUGGGUCUUAACCAUGUUUCUAGGAAGUGGUCUGAACCGGUUGAUAAUGGUGCUAAUAUGCUUGUUACGGUGCCUGGAGGUGGGGAUGGGCCAAGUGGUGUUUUAGUGUGUGCUGAGAAUUUUGUGAUUUAUAAGAAUCAAGGGCAUCCGGAUGUUCGUGCUUUAAUUCCUAGGAGAUUGGAUUUGCCUGCUGAACGCGGAGUUCUGAUUGUGUCUGCUGCAACUCACAAGCAGAAAUCAAUGUUCUUCUUUUUGCUUCAGACAGAAUAUGGCGAUAUAUUUAAGGUCACUCUGGAGUAUGGUAAUGAGGGCGUUUCAGAGUUGAAGAUCAAGUACUUUGAUACGAUCCCUGUAACGUCGUCAUUGUGUGUGUUAAAGUCUGGUUUCUUGUUUGCUGCAUCCGAGUUUGGUAAUCAUGCUCUGUAUCAAUUUCAAGCUAUUGGAGAUGACCCUGAUGUAGAGUCUUCCUCUGCCAGGAUGAUGGAACUGGAGACUGACGAAGGUUUCCAGCCUGUGUUUUUCCAACCAAGGAGGCUUAAGAACCUUCUUAGGGUUGAUCAAGUGCAGAGUUUGAUGCCAGUAAUGGACAUGAAAGUGUUCAACCUUUUUGAGGAAGAGACUCCACAGAUUUUCACUCUCUGUGGACAAGGUUCUCGUUCAUCUUUAAGGAUAUUAAGGCCUGGUUUGGGAAUCACUGAGAUGGCUACUUCUCCACUUCCCGGUGUUCCGAAUGCAGUUUGGACAGUGAAAAAAAAUGUUAAUGAUGAAUUUGAUGCUUAUAUUGUGGUUUCAUUUGCCAGUGUUACUCUUGUCCUCUCAAUUGGUGAGACGGUUGAAGAAGUUAGUGACAGUGGUUUUUUGGAUACGACUCCUUCUCUUGCUGUAUCUUUGAUUGGUGACGACUCUCUCAUGCAAGUACACCCUAGUGGUAUUAGGCACAUUAGGGAAGAUGGUCGUAUCAAUGAGUGGAGAACCCCUGGAAAGAGGACGAUUGUCAAGGUCGGGUACAACAGACUUCAAGUUGUCAUUGCUCUCAGCGGAGGAGAGCUAAUUUACUUUGAGGUGGAUACGACUGGUCAGUUGAUGGAAGUGGAGAAACAUGAAAUGCCAGGAGAUGUGGCUUGUUUGGAUAUCGCCCCAGUUCCAGAAGGAAGACAAAGAUCCCGGUUUCUUGCAGUUGGAUCGUAUGAUAAUACUAUUCGUAUCUUAUCUCUGGAUCCUGAUGAUUGUAUGCAAGUGUUGAGUCUGCAAAGUGUUUUCUCACCCCCUGAAUCUUUACUAUUUCUUGAGAUUCAGGCAUCUACUGGAGGUGAAGAUGGUGCUGAUCAUCCUGCCAGUCUUUUUCUUAAUGCUGGUUUGCAGAAUGGUGUUUUGUUUAGGACAGUAGUGGACAUGGUAACUGGUCAACUCUCUGAUUCCCGUUCUCGGUUUUUAGGGCUCAGAGCCCCAAAACUUUUUUCAAUUAUGGUGCGAGGUCGGCGUGCGAUGCUUUGCCUGUCAAGCCGUCCUUGGCUUGGGUACAUAUAUCAGGGACAUUUCCUUUUGACACCCUUGACAUGUGGUACACUUGAAUUUGCGGCCUCGUUUUCAUCUGAUCAAUGUGCUGAAGGUGUAGUUGCUGUUGCUGCGGAGGCUUUAAAGGUGUUUACUAUUGAGAGGCUUGGUGAGACAUUUAAUGAAACCGCAAUCCCUUUAAGGUACACUCCACGAAAAUUUGUGUUUCAGCCUAAGCGGAAGCUGGUGGUGACGAUUGAGAGUGAUCAGCGAGCAUUAACUGCCGAAGAACGUGAGGCUGCACAGAAGGAAUGCUUUGGUGCUGGAUUAGAUGAGAAUGGUAAUAUUGAGAUGGAGAAUGGUGAUGAAGACGAAGAUAAUCAGCUCUCCGAUGAGCAGUAUGGUUAUCCAAAAGCAGAGAAAGAGAAAUGGGUUUCUUGCAUCAGGGUUCUUGAUCCAAGAACAGAGGAAACUACCUGCUGCUUAGAGCUUCAGGAUAAUGAGGCUGCAUUCAGCAUAUGUACUGUAAAUUUUCAUGACAAGGAGUACGGGACCCUACUGGCUGUCGGUACUGCAAAGUCACUGCAAUUUUUCCCCAAAAGAUCUUUUGAGGCAGCGUAUAUCCACAUCUAUCGUUUUGUUGAUGGUGGAAAACUUGAACUUUUGCACAAGACCCAAGUAGAUGGCGUACCACUGGCUUUAUCUCAGUUCCAGGGAAGAUUACUUGCAGGAAUAGGACCUGUGCUCAGGCUUUAUGACUUGGGAAAGAAGAGACUGCUAAGGAAAUGUGAGAAUAAGCUGUUUCCCAACACAAUUAUUACUAUACAUACUUACCGUGAUCGUAUCUAUGUGGGCGACAUCCAGGAGUCAUUCCAUUAUUGCAAGUAUAGACGGGAUGAGAACCAGCUGUACAUAUUUGCCGAUGAUGUUUACCCUAGAUGGCUAACUGCAUCACACCAUGUCGAUUUUGACACAGUGGCUGGUGCAGACAAGUUUGGGAAUGUAUAUUUUGUUAGGCUACCUCAGGAUGUCUCCGACGAAGUUGAAGAGGAUCCAACUGGUGGGAAAAUAAAAUGGGAACAGGGUAAAUUAAAUGGAGCUCCUAACAAGAUGGAGGAGAUAGUUCAGUUUCAUGUUGGUGAUGUUGUAUCCAGUUUGCAGAAGGCAUCUCUCAUACCUGGUGGCGGGGAAUGCAUUAUUUAUGGGACUGUGAUGGGGAGCUUGGGGGCAUUUCUUCCUUUCACCUCCCGCGAUGAUGUUGAUUUCUUUUCUCACUUAGAAAUGCAUUUGAGGCAGGAGAAUCCACCUCUCUGUGGCAGAGAUCAUAUGGCUUAUAGAUCUGCUUAUUUCCCUGUUAAGGAUGUGAUUGAUGGCGAUCUGUGUGAACAGUUUCCAACGUUGCCAAUGGAUAUGCAGAGGAAGAUUGCAGACGAAUUAGAUAGAACUCCUGCAGAGAUUCUAAAGAAACUGGAAGAAAUUCGAAAUAAGAUUAUUUGAGGUAGAUGAUGUGGAAGGCAUUUGUGAUUUGUGCCAUUGCGCCGUGGCCGUAAAGUUACAUCUGGUUCGGAAGAAGAAUGGUAGCAGCAAAACUGUGAUUAGAUGAUCCUUGUUAUAUGUGACUGCUAUCCUAAUCAUGAUGAUAGCUAAACGUGUAUCUUUUUAGUCAUAGAAUUAGGUAAUGGGGACUUGUUUAUUUGUUUUAGUGUGCCAACUCAAUUAGUAUGCUGUAUUCUUAUGGGUGUAUAUUAUCUUUACAGGAAAUUUUGAAACUUGAUGCUUUAGCUCAGUUAUUACCCAAAAAUUCAUCUUCCGAAGAAAUAUCUUAGGAAUCCAUGCAAUAUUUGGAAAAUGUAGUUUGGUGUAAUAAAAAUUAUCAUGUAUCUCUAGA